CGCCCCGCUGCGGGGCCCGCCCGCGCCGGCAGAGGCGGCUCCGUUCGCCGCUGUGACGCUGGUGGCGCUGGAACACCUGGAGGGGUGGCGGCAGCGCCUCCGGCUCGGCCCUCCCCUCCUCCUCCUGCGCGGACGAGAGCCUGAAGAAAAGAGGAAUCAUGGAAGGACACAAGUACAAUUAUCCAAGGGAAUUUUAUGACCAAUAUGCUCAAAGCCAAGAAAAAUCUGUAGUCAAUAAAAUGCAACAGAAAUACUGGAAAACAAAACAAACCCUUAUCAAGGUCACAGGGAAAAAGGAAGAUGAACAUGUCGUGGCCUCAGAUGCAGAUCUGGAUGCAAAACUGGAGCUGUUCCAUUCCAUUCAGAGAACAUGUAUGGAGUUGCUGAAAGCAAUUGAGCUGUAUCAGAAAAGGAUUUGUUUUCUUUCUCAGGAAGAAAAUGAAUUGGGGAAAUUUCUUCGGUCACAGGGUUCUCAGGAUAAAACAAGAGCAGGAAAAAUGAUGCAAGCCACAGGGAAGGCUCUCUGCUUUUCUUCUCAGCAAAGGUUGGCCCUGCGUACUCCUUUGAGUAGGUUGUACCAAGAAGUGGAGACUUUCAGAUACAGAGCAAUCUCUGACACGUGGCUGACGGUAAACCGAAUGGAGCAGUACCGGACUGAGUACAGAGGAGCUCUGCUCUGGAUGAAAGAUGUGUCUCAGGAGCUGGAUCCAGAUCUUUAUAAGCAGAUGGAAAAGUUCAGGAAGGUUCAAGCACAAGUGCGGCAUGCAAAGCUCAACUUCGACAAGCUGAAGACUGACGUCUGUCAAAAAGUAGACCUCUUGGGAGCAAGCAGAUGCAACCUCCUUUCUCAUGUGUUAACAACCUAUCAGACAACACUUCUUCAUUUUUGGGAAAAGACUUCACACAAAAUGGCAGCCAUCCAUGAGAGCUUCAGAGGUUACCAGCCAUAUAAAUUCACUAUGUUGAAGAGCUUGCAAGACCCUGUGAAUAAACUGACAGAAAAAGCAGAAGAGGAAGAGCUGCAGCCGGAGAGCACCGCAUCGGAACAAGAUCAGCAGAGUCAGUUGAUUUCAUUAGAUGAGGAGAGCCAUGCCAAGGAAUCAGACUAUUCAGGUGCCAUAGAUGACUUAUUAGACCUGCAGCCUGAAGAAAAGGCUUCAAAGGAUCCCUUUGGGAGGUCCCUGGAGGCAGAACCUGGUGAUAAGGAUGAGAUGGUGUUACUGAACGAGAUCCUCAACGCUUCCUCCCUGGACGAAGGGGAGUUCAGCAAGGAGUGGACAGCAGUGUUCGGGCAGGUCGCUCUUUCUGAUCACACCACAAGCUCUGCAGCUGGAGAUGUGGAGAACCCUUCAUCAUCUGUGGCACCCACACCAUCAGGCUAUUUGCCCUCACAGCUCUUAGACCAAAACAUGAAUGAUUUGCAGUCCUCUUUACAUGGAUGGGCAGCUCACAGUGUGAGCCCACAGCCUGCACCGCAGCCAGCGCAGAAACCAGACAGCCUGAAUGUGAAUGCUAACAAGACGCCCGUGAAAGAACCCACAAAGAAUCCCAAAGACCUGACUGCCUGGUUCAGCCUCUUUGCUGACCUUGACCCCUUAUCCAAUCCUGAUGCUGUUGGAAAGACUGAUAAAGAACAUGAAUUGCUUAAUGCAUGACUCAGCUGCCCUAUGGUAACUCACAUUCUUCCAACACCGUUUGGGGGGUGGGGGGUGGGCUUUAAACAACAACUAAAUGGGAAUUAAAUAUGCUGUUGUGAAACUGUAAAGUAUGUGCCAUGAGAAUAAAACUAAAGGGAGUGAAUCCCCUUUUAUAGAGGUACAAGUUAUUUGCUCUUGGGUUUAUUGGGGUUGGUUUGUUUGUACAAAGAGUUUGCAUUUAUUUUCUACAUGGAUUUACAACAACAACAACAAAGAGGGUAAGAAUUAGGGGGGGGACAGAUUUCUUGCCAGAUCAGAGAAAACAAAACCCACCAAAACUAUCUUUGCCUUUGAGGUGAUGAGAAACUAACACUGGAGUGAGGAAAGCCAAAAAAAAAAAAAGAAAUAAAGUUGCAGACCUAUUUUUUUAUACUGUUUCUUGAGUAAAUCAAUUUGAAAGUAAAGACAUGAAGAAAUAGAUAAAUAAAUAAUCAAGAAAUAAAUACAUAACUGAACACACACGUGCAUAAAGACAUAACUAAACACACACAUACCUAAAUAAACACAUAAAUAACAUAACUAAACACACACAAACCUAAAUAAACACAUAAAUAACAUAACUAAACACACACAAACCUAAAUAAACACAUAAAGACAUAACUAAACACACACAUAGCUAAAUAAACACAGAACUAAACACACACACAUAGCUAAACAUAUAAAUACAUAACUAAACACACACAUACCUAAAUAAACAAGUAACUAAACACAUACAUAGCUAAAUAAACACAUAAAGACAUAACUAAACACAGACAUAGCUAAAUAAACACAGAACUAAACACACACAAACCUAACUACACACAUACAUAAAUAAACACAUAAAUGCAUAACUAAACACACACAUACAUAAGCACACACACAUAAAGACAUAACUAAACACACACAUAGCUAAAUAAACACCCACAUAGCUAAAUGAACACAUAAAUACAUAACUAAACACAUGCAUAGCUAGAUGAACACAUAACUAAACACACACAUACCUAAAUGAACACAUCAAUACAUAACUAAGCACACACAUAGCUAAAUAAACACAUAACUAAACACACACAUAGCUAAAUGAACACAUAAAUACAUAACUAAACACAUACAUAGCUAAAUAAACACCCACAUAGCUAAAUGAAGACAUCAAUACAUAACUAAGCACACACAUAGCUAAACACACACAGAGCUAAAUGAACACAUAAAUACAUAACUAAACACACACAUAGCUAAAUGAACAACAAAACACACACAUAGCUAAAUGAAGACAUAAAUACAUAACUAAACACACACAUAGCUAAAUGAACACACAACAAAACACACACAUAGCUAAAUGAAGACAUAAAUACAUAACUAAACACACACAUAGCUAAAUAAACACAUACCUAAGUAAACACACA